AUGGGCCGCCCCAAAGUCGACCCUGCGAAUCGCCUUAGGGCCAACACUGCUUGUACAGCCUGUCGUGCCUCCAAGAAGAGAUGUAGCGGCUCCUUCCCAUGCACAAGCUGCAUCCAGAAAGGGCGCGCGCGCACCUGUAUUCCAUUCAAAUCAUCUAUAUCCGAGGCCAGCCCUCGCAAUGCACUGGCCCGCGAAAGCCUGCCUCCAUGGGAGGAGUCACAGCAGGUACUCAAUAGUCCGUUAAGCUCUCAGAUUCAUGCCCCUAGCUCGUCUGGCCGAGGGCCCGAACAGCCUAUGCAGGGCUCUCGGUCGCCGGAAGCUACGCAUCGCACUCAUCCGCGAAUGCUCCGGAAUUUACAGGGUGAUCGCGUCUACGUCGGCAAAGCCGCCUCCCUGUCGUUUUUACAGCUCGUUCGGGAGACGGUCACCCAGCAUAUCGGACCAUCGCAGUUCUCGCAUCCUCUCGGGAGAGAGGAUAUGCUAGAGGCCGAGGCAACGCACGAUCCGUCAAGCUAUGCCGAGGAGAACUGCAGCCCUGAAGACCAAGAACGAUUAGUCCGUUCAUACCGGAUAGCAACUAGCGGCUUCCUUCACUUGGGUCAUGAUGUUACGGAUGACAUGGCGGGCUUCACCGAGCCAAAGACCGAGCGUGAAAGCACCAGAGCUGCCAUAAAGGACUUGAUGCUUGCCAUCGGAGCACAAUCAUAUCCGAAUGAUCCAGACACGGUCCAGAUGAGACUGUUCUUCUUCACGCGGGGCCAGCGCAGGGCUUUUGCUAGCUUUCUGGAAGACCCAAGCAUUAACCUCAUACGGGUAUUUCUUCUCAUGUCGUUUUACAUGUUUGGCGCUUGUCGCCGGAAUACAGCAUUCAUGUAUCUGGGCGUCGCAGCGCGAUCGGCUGUUGCCCUCGGUCUAUACGAAGACUCGGCGGGGUGUUCCUGGCAAGAGCAACGUGAUCGGUCGAGCCUAUGGAUGAGCCUCUGUGUAAUUGAUCUUAUAGCGAGCUCCAUUCUCGGACGCCCGGCAGCCACGGCAGCAGUAAUCCCAGGACAGCGACCAGAUCCGAACCUCUUUGGGUCAAGUCCCGCAGAGACAAGCUUGGGAGCCUCGUUCCAGCUGUCGCUCAUUCUAAGUGAAAUCAUCGGCCGCCUGUACAGUGAGAAAGGAGCCUCUUCAGAGAUCGCGGAGGUGCUACUCCGACAGCUGAAACACUGGAGUGACAAUUUACCCGAUUCCCUGAGAAGGUCGUCUGUAGCGGAUGAGGAAGCGACAAUAACACAGGAGCGCAUCAUCAGUAACAUGCAUGUUGCCUGCUCAUAUCACUUUGCCGUUAUUCUUGUGACCCGGCCUUUCCUCAUAUCUUUACUGAGUAUCCGAUUGGCGCAGCUCCAUCAGACCCUGGCUAUAACCACGCAAGAUGAGAGCAUUUCCGAUCCGGCACAGUCCCGACUUGCAGCCGCCUGUAUUGACUCGGCCGUGUACAUGCUGCAGACCUGUAUCGAGGUUCACCAAACGGGCUAUUUAUUACGGAAUAUGGCGAUAUUGAAGGCGUUUAUCUUUGCAGCAGCCCUCGUGCUCGGGUUCACCAUGUUUGCCCACCGCGAGAUUGACUCGGAUGUAGAGAGUGCAUUCAAAGGGGCCCUGGUGAUCUUGCGGAUGCUUGCUGCCCAGUCAGCUCAGGCGGCCCAUUACUUAGAGAUCCUGACUCUCCUCGAGGCCGCCAUCGUGCAGCAGCGGCAACGAUUGGCCGCUCACGCCCGUCAGCGACGCAGUCAAUACGUCAGUCGCAUAUUCAGCUUGCACGACAGUCCCAAGGCUCCCCGCGACCAGGGACCAGAGCAAGUCCGACCCGAUCCCUCAACCCCGCUUUCGAUGCCAAGCGGCUCGUACCCGUGGAUCCCGCAGGACGGCCUUUGA